AUGAUACUCAAUGCGAUUGUACAUUUAGCCAAAUAUAUUCUGUGCUUAUUUUGUCAUAAACACGGGACAAAUCAGAAAUUAUUAUUUCCUUAUAUGGAUAAAUUUCUGACAAAUGAAAUUGAUGAUGCAGAAAUUUGUAUGGCAAUCCUUGACGGCAAUACUGAAUUAUGCAUGAUGACAGAUCGUUCAAUGAUGCGAAAACUAUGUAUUCUCCUUCAAAGCAGCAGUCCACGCUUACAUUGGCUUCGAGUAUUAUCAACAGUGUUUAAACCGAACGCAGAGAUAUUACGACCAAUACAAGAAAUGUUGUCCACUGAGCUUUCUUCAAUGUUCGAUGAUACAUUAUUCCUUAUGAAUAGUUCUUCACGUGUACGAACCAUCUUGGAUUCUUUUCUAUCAACAACGAUGACUACCAUUUCAAGGCCAACAACUUUCAGCACACUCAAAUUAUCCGAUAAUACAUUCAAGCAAGAUUUAGAAUUCAAUGUAGAAUUCCUAAGCCUAUUGAAUAGGCUUAUCACUAAAGAAUGUGAUACACUGCUGAAAAAAUAUCAAAAAUGGUUUAAGCUAACUGAAUUAAUUGAGAUAAUUAUUCAUCCUAUAGUGAAGUGUUAUGUCAAUUUCUAUCCAUUGAGACAUGUGUACAUGGAAAGUUUAACAGUGAUUUGUGCCAGUAGAGAAUUUCGUAAGUAUUUUGCCUAUCAGUAUAGUGAAUCACUGUGCGUUUUAUGGCAAAGUAUUUGUGCAGAAUUAGAUGAACUUCUUAUUUACAAUAAAACACCAAAUAAUGAAUAUAAAAUAUUCUUGAGAGAUUCACUCAUUGAAUCGAUCAGUAAAAUCUUUCUACAGAUUCAACUGCUGGCAGAUCAUCAACCGCAGUAUCACCAAGAGACUAGUCGACGUUUAAUGCAUAAACUUAUCAAAUUGAAUAAUGAUCCAUUACUCGGUCGAGUAGCUGAUGAAUGUUCGCAGAUAAUAAUGUGCACAAUUGCUUCAACCAGUUUGCCUAAUUCCCCCGAAUUCUCCUAUAAAAUGGUGCCAUAUUUAACACGAUCACAUACACAGUUAAAUAGAGCAGUUCAAAGAGAACAAUCAUCUGAAUGUGAAAGUGUUUUUGAAGAACCUCUAAAUGAUGAAAAUAACGACGGCGAUGAUAAUGAUGAUGGUGAUGUGUGUGCAAAUGCAUUGAAAAAGGAUCCAUCUGAAAUGCUACUCUUUCAACGUGAUACUUCCCAAAAAUAUACUGCUAAAAAAAGUGCAAGUCAUCUUGAAGACAAUAAAAUUCGAAGCAUAGACGAUCAGCCCAAAUCUCAAAUAUUUGCAAAUUAUAUAGAAAAACAGUUCAAUUAUAUGAUUAAAGAAAUGGAACAUCAUCUUACUUCAUCUAUUCAUGAAGAGUAUGAUUCACUUGUUAAAUUUUUACAAUAUCCACUGAAUUCAAUUGAAUUACAAACAAUUAGAAGUGAUAGUUUUUCAUACAAUGCAUUUAUAGCCUCGUUAAUGCAGCAUGCCUAUGAUCUGAUUAAAAUUGGCUCUGAAGAUCAAUUUGUGAAGCUUUUGCAAAUUUUCACAUCUUUAUCAAAAACCUCUGUGGAAAAACACCCAUCAUCUGAAGGUAAAUGGCAUUCAAACACAAUGACAUUGAACCACAACAGUGAUCGAGAUACAACACAUUAUUUUCUAUGCUCAAAUGGAAUAUGUGAUUUAAUUAUAAAGUGUAUAGAAAAUCCAAAUACUUCAGAAGCUGUAUUUAUAAUGGCCAAUGAAUUGGCAAUAAAUUUAUUAAAAUAUGGGAAUAAACAUGUACAAGAAUGUUUUUAUAGCAUUUUAUCAAAGCCUAAAAUCCAUGAAGAUUUCUUUAAUGCCAUAUUCCAGAGUAUCCAUAAUGCUUAUAGUCAAGUGGAUAGUUUACCGAAGAAUAAAUCAUUUAUGAAAGAAGGAGAUAUGUCACCAACAAAUUAUUCAGGUUAUUCAUCUCAACUACCAUCUGGUAAAUUUGUAACAACUUUAAAAACGCUGACAUUUUUGCAAACUCUAUGCAACCGAAGCAAUAUACGACUACAGGAACUAUUGCGUAUACAACCGCAUAAUGUGACAACAUUCAAUCUCAUCGAAGAAAUUAAAUCAUUAUUUCUCAAUCUAUGGAAAACUAAUGACAAUUUUAUUGUUUCUGCUAUGAAUACUUCAACUGCCAGCACUAAUCACAAUAAUAAUCAAAUUAAUGACAAUAAUGGUCACUGUCAUGAUGCAAGUAAUAAAACUGCCCAUGAAGGACAACUCAAAGUUAAUGGUAUAACAAAAGUUUCAAGGCUACAGAAUCUUGCUGAAAAGAGGAGAAUGAAACGGUUGUCUAUAAACACUGGAAUUUCGUUGUCUAAUCAAAAUCAACAAUCUCCAAAAGUCCACACUGAUAGUUAUAAUAAUUGUGAUUCAACAGUGUAUUCAUCAUCCUACACUGAGAUGAUAUUACUUAUCUUGACGUGUUUAAUUCAAUUCUGUCAAGGUCCAUGUAUCAAUAAUCAGUAUGAUAUUGCCUUUGGUAGUCCAAAUAUUUUAAAUGAGCUAGUGAAUUUAAUAUCGGAUACACCAGUAUGGAUGAUAAAUGAUAAAUUUAAUGAGAUAAGAUUUCAGCUGGCUAAAAUCAGCCUUUCAUCCAUAAAAUUACUGCUAGCUGUUUUGGAGGGACGUAAUGGAGAUAAUGUCUUUCAACGACUAUUAGAUCUUUGGCCAAUCGAUAAACUGAUAAAUGCCAUUCGAAAUUAUCAUAUUUUAUCCCAGAAUCCAAAUAUUUCUUCGACAGACGCAGAAGAAGUAUUGCGUCAAUGUGGACAUUCAUUAUUCAUCUUGACACAAUAUUUACAUAGAAACUUUCCUGUAAUUCUAAAACAUAUGAAAAUCUCCGAUACAACUAUUCCUACCAGUCCAAUUGUUUACAAUGACUUACCAAAAACGAAAUGGUCUGAAUUGACUUGUAAAAAUCCUUUUGAGGAGCCAGUUGAUGACAACAACAAUAUGACGUCAUCAUCGAAUGACUUAAGAAAGUUGAAGCUGGAUAGCACGAUUAUAAAACGUUUGAUUAAAAAUCAAAGCGAUAGUCUUCCAAGUCUUCAACAUUAUGCAAUGAAUACUGCACAGAUAGAGAUUAUUCGUGAAAAUAAUAAAAUUGAACGUAUAAUUUAUCCAAUCCCUGAAAUGUGUCAAUAUUUAACAAAUACAAAAAAGUGUCAGCUAUUAAAUAAAACUAUCAUGGAUGAUGAUCACACCAAAUUGCCUUCAUUAUUUGAAUUGAUUGAAGAUAUUUAUGCAGAAAUGCUGUGUGCUAAACAUAUGCUUGUUCAUCCAUGGAUUCACUGGUUCUCAUUUCGUUCUCAAUGGAUAUCAGAUGCAAGUUUCUACCAGACAUUGUGUUUGAACUUUUUACUGAUUACAUUCUAUCCUUUUCAAGGGAAAGCAUCCUUAUCAUAUAGCUUGAAUGAAUUCGAAACUGAGAUGGCUAUAAUACCAUUUGCCUUAUUCGCUGUUUUAUUAUGCCUUAUUUGUUCAAAUCAAUUAUCAGUGCAAAUUUAUGUUGGCUUAGAAACGUUAUACUUAUUAGAUGUCUGCGGUAGUGAAAAUAUUAUUCAUGUGUUGGGUUUAACUAAUUUGAUUUUUAGACUAGCCAACUUGAUUAUUAUAUACAGACAACACAGUCUUAUAACUCAGUAUAAAAAACAUUUAUUCAUCAGUGAAAUGAAGGCGAUUGGAGAAACAGGCGAUACAAUCAAGCAUUCCCCAUCAUCAUCAUCAUCAUCAUCACCAUCAUCCUCAUUAUUUAAAAUAGACAAUGUGAAAAAAUUAUUCUCUCCUCAUAGUAUAAAGAAAUUUUUCACAUCAACAUGGAGAAAAUGCAAAUGUUUGUCAAUACGAAAGCUACUCAAAUGUUUUCCAACGCUAUUCACCUAUUUAAAACAUCAAAAUAUGAAUGAACUCAAUCAUAAACUAAUUCAUAAUUUGUUACUUAUCACAUUCGCCGCAUUAGGAGUUUUUUUGCAUCCUCUAUUUCAUAGUCUAGUGUUACUGGAUGUGAUUACACGUGAAGAGACUUUGUUGAAUGUUGUUCGUUCAGUGACAAAAAAUGGUCGAUCAAUCUUUUUGACAGGAAUUUUAGCCCUGAUUAUUAUCUACUUAUAUUCUAUCGUUGGGCAUGUUUACUUCCGAAAUGACUUUGCUAUAGAAGUCGAUGAUCACAAAGAAACAACUACACAUGAAGAAGAAACCGGUGGGAAAAUGGAACGACGUUGUGACACUCUGAAGAUGUGUAUGUUAACAACUCUUCGUGAAGGUUUGCUAAAUGGCGGAGGGAUUGGUGAAGCACUGAGACGUCCAAGUAGUGAAGACAGUUCAUUCAUUUUUCGUACAAUCUACGAUUUAUCCUUCUUUGUUAUCGUGAUUGUUAUUAUACUCAACUUGAUAUUCGGUGUUAUUGUCGACACAUUUGCAGCACUUCGUCAAGAAAAACAAAAUUCUGAAGAAUUAAACAAAAAUCAUUGUUGUGUUUGUGGUCUACAUCGUUCAGCCUUUGAUCAUUCUAAUACAAGUUUUGAUGAACACGUGGAAAUUGAUCAUAAUGUAUGGCAUUAUGUUUAUUUUAUAAUAUAUUUAAAAACUAAACCAAUUCAUGAAUUAACUAGUCAAGAAAUAUACAUAAAUAAGAUGGUGAAAAAAGGUGAAUUCAAAUGGAUUCCACGUCGAAGAGCUAUGGCACUGCAUAAUAUGGAGACUGUUUCUACAAAAAAAGCUGAAGAAAUUGAUCAAUUGGCUAAAAAGCUUGAAAAAACAAUUCAAGCUGUGGAGAGCCUUAAUGAAGGUUUUAAAAAUUUAUCUAAGGAGAUUGCAAAACAGAACAUGGAGAAAUCCAAGGAGAAAUUAAUUUCCCACAUAUCGAAUUCUAUUUCAAAUCAAAUCAAGCAAGAAAAGCAGGAUGAAUAA